AUGUUUACUAAGAUUUUAAUUUCCAUUGCCUCCGUUUGCCUCGUUCAGGCUGCUGUCCAACCAGUAGUCCAACGUGCGCCACCAGUAGUCGCAGCAGUUCCUGCUGAAAACCCCGAAUACUCCUUUGCCUAUGAUGUCCAAGACACAUUAACCGGUGAUUCUAAGAGGCAAACCGAGAAUCGUAAUGGAGAUGUUGUUACUGGCGAAUACAGUCUGAACGAUCCAGAUGGUACCAGAAGAAUCGUACAAUACAGAGCUGAUCCCAUAAAUGGUUUUGUAGCUGUUGUCAGAAAAGAACCUCUUGUAGCAGCACUAACACAACCAGCUGUAGGUGUAGUUCAACGACCAUCUGUAGAUAGCGUCGCUAUAGAAGCAGCGGACUUGGAACCCAUAGUAGCUGCCGAACCACAACGGUAUGUUGCUAGACAACGGCAAGUUGUACCAAAGAAUGAAGAAUUUGAAAGCAGAAGGGAACCUUUGGACCCUAAAAGAGCUCAACCUAAAAACUCCAAGCCUGCUAAGUUGGAAUUAGCUCCCGAACAAGCACAAGGUUUCCCCGUUGCACCUGCUGCACAGGUUCCAGUCGCUCAAUUUGCCACAAACAUUUUUAGUGCUCCUUAUGUAUCUGCUCCAGUUAUUUCCCUACCUAGAUAUUCAGCUCCGUAUACUUACAGUACUGUGACUGUAUUCUAAUAAUAAUGUAUUUAUUAAAGCAAC